AUGGCACGCAAGAGCUUCAGCGGCUUCCUCCCCCCUCCCAAGCCCGCAGAGGAAGCCAGACCUUCCACUCUGCUAACCCACUUCGUGGCCGCAACAGGAGAGUUCGUGGGAACCUUCCUCUUCCUCUUCUUCGCCUUCUUAGGCCACAUGAUGUCUGCCAGUCAAGGUAAGCCCCCUCACUAUUAUUUUCAGUCCUCCACUAUCGUUGAAGCCCAUCUGACCAUUCGAUCAGCAUCCGACAAGGGACCCAAUGGCGCCGCCAGCGCCCAAACAGUGAUCUUCAUCUCCCUCUCCUACGGCCUCUCUCUCCUCGUAACAGCCUGGCCUUUCUACCGCAUCUCCGGCGCAGCCUUCAACCCAGCCGUGACCCUCGGCCUCGUCCUCACAGGCAACAUGCCCGCAGUUCGAGGCAUAAUCUACGUCCCGACACAACUCCUCGCCGGAAUCUGCGCGGCAGCUGUAGCGGGAAAUAUCGUCCCGGGAGAUAUCGCCGCGACGCAGACGACGCUUGCCGACGGAAUGAGUGUUGCCCAAGGCUUGUUCCUGGAAAUGUUCCUCACUUGCCUUCUCAUCCUUACGAUUCUCAUGCUGGCUUGUGAGAAGGGCAAGCAGACUUUCGUCGCACCGUUGGGCAUCGGAAUGUCGCUGUUCGUAACGCAGAUUGCAGGCGUGAGUCUCCUUCUUGCACUCUUCACUCGUCCACGCUGAUCAUCGCCACAGGUCUACUACACCGGUGCAUCCCUCAAUCCCGCUCGCUCCUUUGGUCCCUGCGUCGCAGCAGCCAAAUUUCAAGGCUACCAUUGGAUCUACUGGGUCGGUCCAGCAUUGGGCGCUCUCGUAGGUCUCCCACUACCCUUUGUCUUUCGCCAGUGCUUACACUCUUUUAGAUCGCCAGCGGCUACUACUACUUCAUCAAGAUGCUGCACUACGAAUUCGCCAAUCCAGGCCAAGAUGGCGCGGACGGCCAGUUCGUCUUCGAGGCCAGUGGUGACGGCAAGGAGAAGGACUUGAUCAGUCUGCUCAGUGGUGGACGUGGGAGUGCUGAGCAGCCUGAGGAUUCUGACCGGAGGGAAGCAUACCCAUAA